AUGGAGGACCCCCCGGGCAGGCCGUGCGUGUCGAUGUCCGACGACUUCAUGGCGCACAUCACGGAGCAGAUGAUCCAGAACGUGGAGGUCAAGGACCGCACCUACAAGAUGAAGAAAUACGCCAAGUGCUUCAAGGGCAUGGACGCCGUGCGCUUCCUGGUGUCCCGCGGCUACGCCCGCAACGACGACGACGGCGUCAAGCUGGGCAACUGCCUCAUGGAGAUGGGCAUGUUCUCGCACGUGACCCGCGACCACCCGCUCAAGAACGAGGACCUGUUCUACAGGUUCGCGGUGCACGAGGAGAAGUUCGUGCGGAUGGCGUCAAUGGGAGAGAAGGUGGGGCGGCCCGCGGGGGGGUUGAGGCAGGCCGGGUGGGCGGACGCGCUGCUGCGGUCGGAGCACGAGGCCGGCGCCGCGGGGCUGCAGCCCGGGAUGCCGGAGUGGGACCGGCAGGAGUUCACACAGGGCACCAAGGACGUCAACGUGAGCCCGCUGGACGAGCACAACAUCAAGCUGCUGGACAACGUGCACCCGGCGCAGUGGACGGACCCGGUGCCCACCAAGGAGAAGUACAACCUGGUGGUGAUCGGCGCUGGGUCGGGGGGCCUGGUGACGGCGGCAGGGUCGGCGGGCGUGGGCGCGCGGGUGGCGAUCGUGGAGGAGCACCUGCUGGGUGGGGACUGCCUGAACGUGGGCUGCGUGCCGUCCAAGGCGAUCAUAAGGUGCGCCCGGGCAGCCUACGAAGCCAGGAACGCCGCCAAAUUCGGAUUGAAUGUGCCGGUGGUGGAGGUGAACUUCGGGGCGGUGAUGGAGCGGAUGCGCAAGAUACGGGCAGGGAUCAGUCGGCAUGACUCGGCUGCGCGCUUCACCGGCCUGGGCGUGGAUGUUUUUAUUGGCCAUGCCCAGUUCAGGGCCAAAGACACGGUGAUGGUGAAUGGGAAGGCGCUGAAAUUCGCCGCCUGCGUGAUCGCCAGCGGGGCCACGGCCAGCGUGCCUCCCAUCAAGGGCCUCAGGGACGUGCCCUAUCUCACCAACGCGUCGUUCUUCAACCUCACGGAGCUCCCAAAGCGGUUUGGGGUGAUCGGCACAGGCGUCAUAGGCCUGGAGCUGGCGCAGUGCAUGGCGAGGUUCGGGUCCCAGGUGACGGUGAUGGGGAGGUCUGGAAAGAUUUUGGAGAAGGAAGAGAGGGACGCUGUGGAGAUCAUUCAGAAGCAGUUGGUCGAGGACGGCAUAACCUUCAAGCUGCACUGUCAGUACAAGGAGGUCAAGAAACCCAGCAAUGGUAGGAUAGAGGUUCAUAUCGUCAACAACGGAAAGCCCGAGAUUGUGGUGGUGGAUGAGCUGCUGGUGGCCACUGGCAGGACUCCAAAUGUCAGAGGGCUGGAUCUGGAGAAAGCUGGCGUGGAGUACGAUGAGAAGAAGGGCAUAGUCGUCAAUGAAUACCUUCAGACAACUGCUAAGAGCAUAUACGCUGUUGGUGACUGCUGCACAGAGUACAAGUUCACUCAUGUUGCCGACGCCAUGGCGCGCACGGUCAUCCGAAAUGCCCUCUUCUUUGGUGCGGGGAAGAUGUCGUCUCUGCUCAUCCCCUGGGCCACAUUCACUGAACCUGAAGUGGCCCAUGUCGGACUGUACGAGGCGGACCUCACCAAGAAAGGCAUAAAAUUCCAGUCGUUUGUGAAGAAGCUUUCAGAAGUGGACAGAGCGAUUUGUGAUGGCCAGGAGGAAGGAUUUGUGAAGAUCACUGUCAAGGAAGGCACGGACAAGAUCCUUGGGGCAACGAUCGUGGCACACAAUGCUGGCGACAUGAUAUCAGAGGUCUCUCUGGCCAUGCAGUCAGGCUUUGGGCUGGGAUCCAUCGCCUAUGUCAUCCACCCAUAUCCGACACAGGCUGAGGCAGUCCGCAUGUGUGGGGACCUGUACAACAAGACUCGACUGACAGCUUUUAUCAGGUCCAUGUUUCGCAACCUCUUGGCGUGGAGGCGAUCGUGA